UAUUUCAUGUCAGUGUGUUGUUGUGUAUUUAAUGUGUGUUGUUGUGUAUAUAAAGCGUGUUGUUGUGUAUUUAAUGUGUGUUGUUGUGUAUAUAAAGUGUGUUGUUGUGUAUUUAAUGUGUGUUGUUGUGUAUAUAAAGCGUGUUGUUGUGUAUUUAAAUGUGUGUUGUUGUGUAUAUAAAGUGUGUUGUUGUGUAUUCAAUGUGUGUUGUUGUGUAUAUAAAGUGUGUUGUUGUGUAUCUAAAUGUGUGUUGUUGUGUAUUUAAAGUGUGUUGUUGUGUAUUUAAAUGUGUGUUGUUGUGUAUUUAAAGUGUGUUGUUGUGUAUUUCAAUGUGUGUUGUAUUUAAAUGUGUGUUGUGUAUUUAAAGUGUGUUGUUGUGUAUUCAAAUGUGUGUUGUUAUGUAUUUAAAUGUGUGUUGUUAUGUAUUUAAAGUGUGUUGUUGUGUAUUUAAAUUUGUGUUGUGUAUUUAAAGUGUGUUGUUGUGUAUUUAAAAGUGUGUUUUUGUGUAUUUAAAGUGUGUUGUUGUGUAUUUAAAGUGUGUUGUUGUGUAUUCAAAGUGUGUUGUUGUGUAUUCAAAGUGUGUCGUUGUGUAUUUAAAGUGUGUUGUUGUGUAUUCAAAGUGUGUUGUUGUGUAUUUAAAGUGUGUUGUUGUGUAUUUAAAGUGUGUUGUUGUGUAUUUAAAUUUGUGUUGUUGUGUAUUUAAAGGGUGUUGUCGUGUAUUUAAAGGGUGUUGUCGUGUAUUUAAAUGUGUGUUGUGUAUUUAAAGUGUGUUGUUGUGUAUUUAAAGUGUGUUGUUGUGUAUUUAAAUGUGUUGUUGUGUAUUUAAAUGUGUUGUUGUGUAUUUAAAGUGUGUUGUUGUGUAUUUAAAGUGUUAUUGUGUAUUUAAAGUGUGUUGUUGUGUAUUUAAAUGUGUGUUGUGUAUUUAAAGUGUGUUGUUGUGUAUUUAAAUCUGUGUUGUUGUGUGUUGUUGUGUAUUUAAAGUGUUGUUGUGUAUUUAAAUCUGUGUUGUUGUGUGUUGUUGUGUAUUUAAAAGUGUGUUGUUGUGUAAAGUGUGUUGUUGUGUAUUUAAAUGUGUGUCUUUACUUUCUUUCAUUUGCUUCUGACACAAGAGCAGAACAUGGAGUAUAAUAACUAGCUACCAGCUAGUUAACUAUGACUACCACCAGUCACUAGCUACAUGCUACCAGCUAGUUAACUAUGAAUGUCACCAAUCACUAGCUACAUGCUACCAGCUAGUUAACUAUGACUACCACCAAUCACUAGCUACAUGCUACCAGCUACUUAACGAUGACUACCACCAAUCACUAGCUAAACGCUACCAGCUAGUUAAUUAUGACUACCACCAAUCACUAGCUAAACGCUACCAGCUAGUUAAUUAUGACUACCACCAAUCACUAGCUAAAUGCUACCAGCUAGUUAAUUAUGACUACCACCAAUCACUAGCUAAACGCUACCAGCUAGUUAAUUAUGACUACCACCAAUCACUAGCUAAACACUACCAGCUAGUUAAUUAUGACUACCACCAAUCACUAGCUACACGCUACCAGCUAGUUAACUAUGACUACCACCAAUCACUAGCUACACACUUCCAGCUAGUUAACUCUGACUACCACCAAUCACUAGCUACAAGCUACCAGCUAGUUAACUAUGACUACCACCAAUCACUAGCUACAUGCUACCAGCUAGUUAACUAUGACUACCACCAAUCACUAGCUACACGCUACCAGCUAGUUAACUAUGUCUACCACUAAUCACUAGCUACACGCUACCAGCUAGUUAACUAUGACUACCACCAAUCACUAGCUACACACUUCCAGCUAGUUAACUAUGACUACCAGUAAUAGUUUUACGCUAAAUUAUGACUAUAUCCAAUAACUACACGCUAUCAGCUAACUAACUAUGACUACCAUCUAUAUCGAGCUACACACUACCUGCUAGCUAACUUCUACAGUACUUGCCCUCAUGCUUACAAACUAGCUAACUACGACUACCAUUAAUAGCUACAUGUACUAACUAAACUAGGACUAUAUAUAUGUAUGAAUAUAUAUAUAUAUAUAUAUAUGUAUGUUUAUAUAUAUAUAUAGUAUAUAUAUAUGUAUGUAUAUAUAUGUGUGUAUGUAUAUAUAUAUCUAUAUAUAUAUAUAUAUAGAUAUAUAUAUAGAUAUAUAUAUACAUAUAUAUAUAUGUAUAUAUAUAUGUAUGUAUAUAUACACGUGUAUACCAGUAUUAGCUGUACAGUCCAUUAAUAUUCCCUAACUAAACUUUGACCAUAUCCAAUAACUACGCAGUACUAGUUGCUAACUAUAACUACACAUUAAUAGCUACACGCUACCAACUAAACUAGGACUAUAUCCACUAUCAGCUAGCUAACUAGGACUACCACUAAGAGCCGUACUACUUGAUUAUUCAAUAUUUGGUCAUGGAUUAGUUGUUUAAAUAUAAACCAUGUUUGACCUUUCACCUGCAGGUCCUUGACCAUGUCUCUGAGCCAGCAGGGCGGAGGGGGCGGGGCAGAGAGAGAGGCGGGGCUAGAGAAGCAGCUGACGUGUCCAAUCUGCUUGCAGCUGCUCCAGAAGCCCGUGGUCAUCCUGCCCUGUCAGCACAACCUGUGCAGGAAGUGUGCCAACCACCUCUACCAGCCGUCCUUGUUUCAGGCCCGCACCACCAUGGCCGUCCACAGCGGACGCUUCCGCUGCCCGUCGUGUCGGCACGAGGUGAUCCUGGACCGCCACGGGGUCUUCGGCCUGCAGCGGAACCUCCUGGUGGAGAACAUCGUGGACAUCUACAAGCAGGAAGUCGGCAGUGACGCCAGCAGGCCCGUCGCCGUCCCACCCUCACUUCCUGCCGAGGUCACAUGCUCCGAGCACCACGGCGAGAAGGUCAACAUCUACUGCAUGACGUGCCAGCUGCCCACCUGCUCCCUCUGCAAGGUCUUUGGACAACAUCAGUCCUGUCAGGUGCAGCCUCUGGACCACGUCCUCCAGAAAAAGAAGGAGGAGCUGAGGGAAGGCGUGUCUGCCCUGCUGGAGGUCAACCACAAAGUGCAAGCCUUGAUUGACCAGCUGGACCACACCUGCAGGAGCAUGGAGGAGAGCGCCAAGACUCACAAACAGAACGUGUGUGACAAGUUCAGCCGAAUAUUUUCAAUCCUGGACGAACGACGCAAGGCGAUGACGGAGCAAAUCAGCUCUGAGGAGGAGGAGAAGACAGGCCACGCCCAGCUGCUGGCGUGUUGCUACGGCGACAGCAUCGAGGCCAACAGGAAGCUGGUGGAGACGGUCAGGAGCAGCAUGGAGGAUCCCGACAUGGCCGCCUUUGUCCAGAUCUCCAAAGAGCUGAUGGCAAAGGUCCAAGCGGCCGCCAUGUUCAAACCGCCUCCAGGAGGACAGGACAAGAUGAGGCGCUACACCUUCAACUUCAGUCGCCAGGAGCACGCCGCCAGGAGUUUGGACUUUGUACCCGUUCGCGUGCUCGUCGCCGAAGGUUCUCCUGCGUCAGAACAUUCGGCUUCACAACCGGAGGAGGAACCGGACCGAGAACCCUUGGAGCCAUCGUUGGCACUUCUGGAUGUCCUAAACCCGGAUGAUGGAGAGGAGGAGGUUCUGGUGCCGCCAGCAGAACCAGAGCAGACGGAGGAUGCGGAGGGGAGGGAGUUGGCCCAGCGAGGGUCAGCGCCCAUGGAAGACGUGUUGGAAGGUCCAGUAAACACACGACAGCGUGAGGAGGGCGGGGCUGUGUCCGAGGCAGGUGAUUGGACGCAGGGCCGGAAGGAGGCGGGACCAGGAGACAUUUUGUCGUACCCUGGCUGGUACCGGUCCGGCAUGAAGCCGCUUCCUGGGAGCGGCGAUGCGGAGGAGGCCACGGAGGAUGUGCAGCCCCGCCCACUUUGCCCUCAGCGCCUCCCACCAUCCGAAUGCCAACAGAGCGCGGAGGUGGGCGAAGACGACAAGGGUGGCGCUCAAGGGUGGGUGUGUCCUCCCGAUGGAGGCGCAGACCAAACAUUAAGACUGGAGAAGGAGAAGCUGAGCGACGCCUCGUCGAUGGAGGAAGAGGAGGACGAGGAGGAGGAAGAGGAGGAGGAAGAGGAGGAGGAAAAGGAGGAGGGCGGCCAACAGACCAACAGGCUUCACAAAGUGGAGGCGUGUGAUGAGGAAGAGGGCGUGGCCUCCUUCGAUUCCCUGCAGGCGGUCACUGUGCUCUUCUACCUUCUGGCCUUCCUGCUGCUCCUGCAGAAGUUGUGCUGCUACGUGGGCUGCUUCAUUUGCACGUAAACAACACACAACACCCGCAGGGAGACCUCACCGUCGCUCUCACCUCAGAAGGAGGGUGUUCCCCUCGCCGCCUCGUCCUCCUCGCUCAGCCUCGGCGAGGCCCGGCGACCCACUUUCAGUUUCUCCUGGCUCAACUAGAAGAACCCGUAGAGGAGGGGAAGAAGACCCGGUGUCAGAUCCAAGCCAAGAGUGAGAAACAAGGUCAUGUCUGAAGAAGUGCGGAGGAACCUUUCCAACCUUCAUGACUGACGCACCUUUAUUGUGCAUCUAAAGUUGUGUUUGGCUUUUGUGUGCGUGCUGUGUUUGGGGGGGAGGAGCUAUAAUGUCAGGGUGAUGAUAACCGUAGAACAGGAAAUGAGUCUCGUGGUGAUGUAGUAAAGUGCUUCGUUCUGUUGAGUUGCAGCCUUAUUCCAAAAUUGGAAUAAAUCCAUUUUGUCCUCAAAAUUCUACAAACAAUACCCCGUCAUGAUGAGGUGAAAAUGUUUUCUGAAAGAAAAUGAAUGUAUUCACAGCAUUUUCUAUGUCCUGGCUGCUCAGUUGAACAUGGCUAAAGUGCCAACAAAACAACAACAACAUCCAUUAUGAAUGUUGCAGUAUGUGCUCCGUGUUUGUGUACAUCAGGGGUGUCCAAAGUGCGGCCCCGGGGGUAAUAUUUUUAACGGCCCCGUGGCACAUUCUAAAAAUACGAUUAAAAAAAAUUAAAAACAUAAAAAGUGGUAUAAAAGAGCAAACGGGUGAAAUGUAACGAUAAAAUGUUUCAAUGUUUACUCUAAUAACACAAAGCUGCCAUGCAGGCUGUUUCUUUCUUUGAAAAGUAAUAAUGAAUCAAAAUCAAUGUCAUUAUGAAUUAUUGACCUAUUCAAGGCUCCAUUUACGUCACAUUAAAUAUUCCACUUUAAAACAUUUUUUUGGGGGAAAAUGUUGUAUAUUUUGUGUUUGCCAUGUAAAAAACUAAAAACAAACAAACAAAAAACAUAAACAACAAUAAAAGUUAUUAUAAUUGACGGAUGGAUCUGAAGUUGAUCUUGAGACUAUUGUGUUAAAAGUAAAAAAAAAAAAAACAAUUGUAUUUUUUAAUACUUUACUGAGCAGGACCCUUUUGGAUCCCCAAUAAUAUUAGUGGGACUUUUUUUAUUUAUUUAAUUUUUUAAGUGUCAUUGCUCAAAAAAUAAUAACGAAUCAAUGUUGUUAUGAGUUAUGCUAUGAGCUCCAAUUAUUAUAUAAUCUCAAAUAUUCCACUUUAAAAUGUUAUUGGGGGAAAAUAAUGCAUAUUUUGUGUUUUUUCCAUAAAAAACAGGGUUUUCUUUGACAAAAAGAUCAUACAGCGUAAAUCUUAAAAAAAACAACUUUAUAUUGACAGAUAGACCUAAUGUUGAUCUGGAGAUUUAAACCUCGGAUAAUAAUAAUAACACUAAAUAAUGACACUUUUUAAAUAUUUUUUGUACCUAAACCCUUUGGGGUCCCCAGGAUCAAGCCUGAGUGGAGGCCUAAAUGUGUAUUUUUUAUACAUAUAUUGUAUUGGUUUUUAAAAUAAGAAAUAUCAAAAUGGCCCCCGCUUGCCUUGAUAUUUCAGUGUGCGGCCCUCAGCGGGAAAAGUUUGGACACCCCUGGUGUACAUGUAUGUAUGUAUGUGUACAUGUAUGUAUGUGUACAUGUAUGUAUGCAUGUGUACAUACAUGUAUGAAUGUGUACAUGUAUGUAUGUGUACAUGUAUGUAUGCAUGUGUACAUGUAUGUAUGUAUGUGUACAUGUAUGUAUGUAUGUAUGUAUGUGUACAUGUAUGUAUGUAUGUGUACAUGUAUGCAUGUGUGUGUACAUGUAUGUGCCCCGUGUUUGUGUACAUGGAGAUAUCGGACUUCCGCAAAGUGAACUUUAUUAUUUUUGAUGUCUUAAUGUUAACACUGGUUACCUCCUUUUGACACCCGUGUGACACUCAGUGUUGAAAUGUGACUUCAAAUAUUGCUGCUACACUUAAUAAAGCUUUUAUGAUGGCCACACCUUCACCCCGGAA